AUGGGCGGGGAGCUGGUGCCGGGCCUGGGGGCCCUGCGGCGGCGAAAGCGCCUGCUAGAGCAGGAGAAGUGGCUGGCCGGCUGGGCACUGGUACUGGCGGGACUCGGCAUCGGACUCAUGGUACUACACGCGGAGAUGCUGUGGUUCGGGGGGUGCUCGUGGGCGCUCUACCUGUUCCUGGUUAAAUGCAUGAUCAGCAUCUCCACCUUCUUUCUCCUUUGCCUUAUCAUAGCCUUUCACGCCAAAGAGGUCCAGCUCUUCAUGACGGACAACGGGCUCCGGGACUGGCGCGUGGCGCUGAGGGGGCGGCAGGUGGCGCAGAUCGUGCUGGAGCUGGCGGUGUGCGGGCUGCACCCGGCGCCGGUGCGGGGCCUGCCGUGCGCGCAGCGUGCCGGGGCGCCGCCGACCGCGACGGCGACGGCGACGCAGUCCUGGCCCGGCUUCCUGAGCCAGGGGGAGGCGCUGCUGUCGCUGGCCAUGCUGCUGCGCCUCUACCUGGUGCCCCGCGCGGUGCUCCUGCGCAGCGGCGUCCUGCUCAACGCGUCCUACCGCAGCAUCGGCGCCCUCAACCAGGUCCGCUUCCGCCACUGGUUCGUGGCCAAGCUGUACAUGAACACGCACCCCGGCCGCCUGCUGCUCUGCCUCACGCUCGGCCUCUGGCUUACCACCGCCUGGGUGCUGUCGGUGGCGGAAAGGCAGGGCGUUAAUGCCACCGGGCACCUCUCAGACACACUGUGGCUGAUCCCCAUCACAUUCCUGACCAUCGGCUACGGGGAUGUGGUGCCCAGCACCAUGUGGGGCAAGAUUAUCUGCCUCUGCACUGGGGUCAUGGGGGUCUGCUGCACAGCCCUGCUGGUGGCCGUGGUGGCCCGGAAGCUGGAGUUUAAUAAGGCAGAGAAGCACGUGCACAACUUCAUGAUGGAUAUCCAGUAUGCCAAGGAGAUGAAGGAGUCGGCUGCCCGGGUGCUGCAAGAAGCCUGGAUGUUCUAUAAACACACACGCAGGAAGGAUUCGGGAGCUGCCCGCAGGCACCAGCGCAGGCUGCUGGCUGCCAUCAACAGGUUCCGCCAGGUGCGGCUGAAACACCGAAAGCUCCAGGAACAAGUGAACUCCAUGGUGGACAUCUCCAAGAUGCACAUGAUCCUGUGUGACCUGCAGCUGGGUCUGAGCAGCUCACACCAGGCCCUGGAGAAGCGGAUCGACGCACUGGCAGGGAAGCUGGACACGCUGACCGAGCUGCUUAGCACUGCCCUGGGGCCGCGGCAGCUUCCAGAAGCCAGCCAGGAGGCCACGUAGCUGGACCCAUGGAGGAAGAACCAGGACUUUCCCCAGGAUUGAGGUCAAGGACAUUCUCCCUGCUACUAGUGCCCCAGCCCCAUGAAUAAGGCACCUCAAGUGAGAGGAGCGAAGGGGGCCUCACGUUGGAGUAGGCUGACUUGCUGAUGGCUGCUGGUGGGGACAUGGCUGAAGAAGGGACGCCGUAGCCACCCCCCGGGACCCCAAAUGGGAAAACGGUCCCCACUACCCCACAUACCCUCGACAAAAACAUCCUCACUAUGCUGCUAUAGGCGACCUCCAGCUUUCAGUUAGAAGAGGUGCCUGGGGGUUGGGACUCCUGGGACCCAGAGGAGGAGGGGACUGGGCACCAAGAGUCUAGGAUCCUGGGGUGCCUCAGUUACGGCUGGAUGGCAGAGCUGCAGGACCAGGCCUGAGGCUGGGACGAGGCAGGAGGCGGCGCCCCCUGGCGGAAGAGCAAGGAGGACACCAUUUUUCCAGAGCUGCAGAGAACACCUGGUGGGCAGGAGGUGGAGGAGGGUGCAGCUCACCAAACUCUGCUCUUAUACUUUGUAAUAAAUGUUA